AUGGGUUAUGAGAGUGAUCACAAGCACGAUGCUUUGUAUAGGGAAAUAACCGCAAAAGGCGGUAACUUACAGCGGCGAGAGUACCACCGGGUGGUGAAACAGCUUGUCCAACAGGAGGUGCGCAACUGGAUCGCCGACGACUGGCACCGUUCCUCUGAAAAGAGCAAGAGUCGAGACGCCGUCACAGCAAGCGUCCUCCUGACCAAGCCGAGAAAGCGCUUUCUUCGAUUGGAAAUUGCGCGAAUUACCGGUUUGCCGAGUGGAGACGAGUCCGAGGCACAGCGUCGCUGGCUCGAACUUCACGAGCAAAGAAUUUACCAGUACACACGCAACCUGCUUUACUAUUCGAGAAAUCAGGAGCGGCUAAAAUCAAAAAGCAGGGCGGCAAAAGAUGCAGCUCGGGAGCGACUGCGACGUGGUGCACUCAGCAGCACACUGGACACCCGCUCGAGCAACGAGCAGGUGCAGGCGCGAGCCACUGGUACGAGUCGGCGAGCGGUCGCGGGAUCACCAAGCCAAAGCGUUUGCCCGCGAGUCGCGGUGUCGCCCUCGGACCAGGCUCAUACGGUGGUGUCGGAAGCGCCGAGCCAAGCAACCUCCGAAAACGAUUCAGGGACGCGAACAGUAGUGACUGCUCCAGCGCAGCGAGCUUGCCCGAUGAAGAGAUCCACAUGUCCCUUGCCUUCAUUAUCGUUUGAUCUUGAACGCGUGACACAAGAGCAUCAUGUUGACGGGGAUUGGUCGCUAGCGAGAGAGCUCAAUCAGGCGGAUACGUGCAUCGAGCCGAAAUUCGAACCGCGGCCAGCACGGGUCGCUUGCGGUGCGUCAUCGGCAAUGGCUGGUUGGGCCUCGCCCUGGUCGACCAAGUUCAGUGGCAACCAGACGGGUGCAGAUACGGAGACGCUGUGCGGCUGGCUUAGCGGAUCACGCCCGGGCGUCGCAGCAUCUGCGGCAUUCGCCGAUGAACAGACUAGUCCAUGCUGGCGACAGGCGAGCCCUGAACAUCUCACCCAGAAUCCAGCGACGCAAGCCCCAACACUCGAGGUUCUCAAAGAAACUGAAGUAUCUCUGGAAUAUGACCUGCACGUUGAGUCUGUAGAGGAAGCGUCAGGCUGGAGCUCUGCAGGCUGGACCCAAUUUGUGCAUGAAUGGACUGGCAGUGUUCAGCCAUCCGACGAGCCACCAAAUUGGCAGCGUAUCCAGACGGCAUUCCGAAAGCGAGAUCCGUCCGCGGAAUCUCUACCAACUCAGCGGGAAGACUCGGAAACCAGUGCGCUGAGCGCAGACAUGUCGGAUCUGAACCUCGUAUCAGCAACUGGACUCCGCCGCAGCGAUUCACUUGAAUCGGCCGUCGAUGGCUACUUCAGUUCAACGGAGAGCGACCCUAUAAGCACCGAAGCAGCAUUGUUGAGCGACGGUAGCAGGCGCAGAGCACACAUUUCAUGCCGGACGCAAGCGCGACAACGCAUGGAGGAGCUCGUCCGCCAAGGUAGACUUUCAGGCUCCGGUCGACCGCUGGUGCCGACCACCCCGCUCCGCGAAGGCGUGAUUUAG